AUGUCGCUGGACAGGUCGAAGUACUAUGGCCAUUGGGUUCCUCUCAGUUGCUACGAUAUCCAGCGACUAGAUCGUAAAGCGGUCUCUCGUUCUGAGAGUAACACCCGGAAGAACUACGCGUCACGUCUGAUUCAUUUCUACAAGACCCAUCCCAUUACUCACAUUCGACUGACAGGCUCAGUCAUGUCUGUUGAUGUGCGAACUAUCAACAACGAUAUCCAUGGCAAGCUGUCUGUGUCACUGGAGGUUGACGACGGGUCGGGAGAGACAGUAGUGGCAUCAUUCCUUUGGAGAGGAGAUAUGGGAAGUGUUAAAGCCCAUUAUGACAAGCUGUUACACAAGACUGUGUCUGUUCGAGGUACGCCUUUCACUCGCUUCUGGAAUGAAGGCAAGGUUGUGUCGCUGGAUCUGAAGAGUGUUGAUUUGCUCGAUUUCGCAGGCGAGAUGGAAGCGAUAGACAACCGCAUGUACACGUUGGAACAACUCAAUCUGUCCCCAGCAUUUGAUUACACGCAUGAACUUCCAGAGGAGGAGCAAGCUGAUGUCAAGUUUCUCGACUACGAGGUCAUGAGUUUCAAGAACGCGGUGAGUUUCACCGACGUCGAGAAGGCUGUGAUUGUUGAGGACAAGAAUGGAGGAAAGGUGCAAGGAAAGGAGCAGAAGGAUAAGAAAGAAAAAGGAACUGGAGCCGAGCAUAAAGGAGAUACUGAAGAGUUGGGGAGGAAGGAUAACGAAAGAGAAAAGGAUAAAGGGGCGAUCGAAGAAGUGGCCGAGGUACAGGACCACCCGCAAUAUCCCAACCUGGCACAGCUGUUUAGACUACCGAGUGCAGGCAAGGCCCAGAAGACUGUGCAGCUACCAGACGAAGUAAUUGUCAUCGAGGAAGAUGAAGAUUCUCAGGAUAUGGUGGAUAAGACCAACCGUCAUGGUGAAUCUAACGGGCACUCUGAGAUUGAACGCCAUACUGACCUGGCCGGAGUGAUAGAUGUCGAGGAGAUCGAUAUUCUCGAACAAGAACUGGAUGAGCCAGUUACUGAACAAACUCCCGAGAAAACUUCUGUGAAAUUCACUAGACAAGUCGCUGGGCAAUCUACAGAGAAAUCUGAACAAACGGAUCAUAACAACAACUCCCUUGAAGCUGUCACCAUUGAGCCACCUGCAGACACUGGUGGACAUGUGGAGGUUCUCUCUUCUGAUUCAGAUAUCCAGUUCGGUAUUAUGAACAAGUUCAUUUUGGGAAAGUCGUCAUCCCCUGAUGGAGGAGCUUCGACUUCCUCUUCCCCUAUUGUUGUAGAGUUUAGCAGUUCAAACUCCAAGGAUGGCUCGCAAAGCCAGGAAUUCCAGAUCAUAAAGAAGCUACCAAAGAGCGCAAAGAAACCAUCAUCCGAGCCAUCUACACAUCCAACACCUCAGAAGACGAAAAUCACUCCUACGAAGUCUUGUCCCAAGUUCAAGUAUACCGAUUUUCCAGCAUUGAAACGUCGAAGAUACACCCCUGAUACGGCGUGA